AUGAAGUUAGCAAGCAAGCUUGCACGCACCGCUGCUUCUGCCGCAACCAGCAAUGGCUCGGGAGUCCGUCUUGUAUACUCUACCUCCUCAACCUGGCCCUUUUCUUCGGGCGAAUCUUGCAAAUGCAGCACUGGCCGCGCAAUGGACAUUGCGGUUCUCGAUUCUUCCUUCAAUCCCCCGUCCCGUGCUCACCUCGCCCUACUGGUGUCUCGACCCAUUCUUUCUGACCGAAACCGCUCGUAUGAUGGUCACCUCUUACUCUUCUCGACGCAAAACGCAGACAAAGGAGCGGGAAAGCCCGGGGAUGCAUCUCUCACACAGCGCGUAGAGAUGAUGACGCUCCUGGCAAAAGACGUGGAGCGCAUACAAGCCGCCUCGGGAGACCGUGUCAAUGUCGCCGUUGGCCUGGUAGAUAAACCGCUCAUCUUUGCAAAGUCUACUCUCACCUGGGACCUGAUCAAGCAGCAAGAACAGCACGGACAAGUACAGUCGAAUGCCAGGCUUCACUGGGUCGUUGGAUUCGACACGCUGUACCGUGUCUUCCAGUUGAAAUACUAUCCGUCGCUGCAAGAAUUCCAACAGCAAUGCUCGCAGUUCUUCGAGCGAGAGCGUACCACGUUUGUAUGUGCUCGACGCGACCCGUCUUCCUACCCUCAGCUAUCUGCAUCGGAAUUGUCGCGUGAGCAUGUCCAGCAGCAGGCAAACCAGGAGGAAGACAAGCUGCUCGCAUCCGAAUACGUCGCUCGCUGGGUGAGAAAAGGUUGCAUAGGCAUGCUUGACAUCGACAAGGAACAAGCCAAACUCAGCUCGACGAGGAUUCGAUCUUUGCUGAAGGAUGCCAGCUUUGAUGAUGGAGAGAAGAAGAGCCGCUUAAAGGAGUUGGUGCCACCGUUGCUGGUCGAGUAUUUGGUCGAGUCUGGUAUCUAUCGAGACGGUGUAGAAAAAGUGGAGCCAAAAUGUUAG